AUGUCGACUUCCAAACACUCUCUUCGCGUCACAGUCGGCCCUUCAGUCGACACACUCCGCCAAAUACACAUCAACCAAGACAGCAACCCAAUACGUCUCCAGACUGAGCUUUUUGAUGGCUAUAUUGUCGUCCGUCUCAAGGACUAUCCAGAUCCUUCCGCCUAUUUUGACACACAUGAGGAUAAAUUCUGUAUACAGGUUGUCGGGAGAUUUCUCCAAGACUGCACAGCAGACGACAUUCUGUUUGGCAAUGAGUUUGAAGCACCUUUGACAUUACCUUUUGGAUCAUCAAUUGCCUUCAAGUUUGCAACUUGGUUUGAUCCCGGUCUCCAACUCGAUCUGUAUUCAGACCAUCCCCAGGCAUUUAGUCCACUUAUCGUGACUAUGAAUCGACUAGCUGUUCACAAAAAACCUUUACCUGUCUGGCCAUAUAGCCAAGGCCAAGGAGUAGAGGAAGAUACAAGUGAAUUGGGAUUGAAUAUUGACAACACCUCUGAAGCUCGUAAAGCAUAUUUCAUUGAUCCUGCCCACCGAAAAGCCAUUAAGGUCGAUAAAGAUCAAGUAUGGUCAAUGGACUUUUGUAAUCCUUAUCUUGAUUUUAAAAAGUGUACCAUGAGCUUGCCAGGGUUUGAAGUCAAUGUACUUCGUUAUUGGGAUGGACAGCCUUUACGUUAUGUGGCAAAGUCAAAAAACAACUCUGCCGUAUUCUUUAUUAUCCAGUUUGAAUUGACAGUCGAUGGCGCCGAGUCUACAAGUGAUGAGGUUGAUUGA